CAUGGACAGCAGAUCAGCCACGAUGAAAACACGAUCCAGAACUAUACCUAAUUAGAGGUCAGCGCACGAUACCCAUUCACUGGAUUAACGUUACCGUAAGGUGUCACUGGAUUACUACUUGACCUGUGACGGAUCUAGUUCUUUAAUGAAUACAUCUGGCUGACUAAUCAAUGAAAAACCGUGAAAGCCUUAGUUACAUCUGGUCUAGCUGUAAAGUGUGGACCUAAGAGCGAAAAGUGGCUAAUUCCUCAGCCUCGAAUGGAGCGCAUCCUUCAGAAGCUGCAACAUGUGACGGAAACUAGACGUCAAUUGCUCCUUGAGCAUGCCUCUCUGAUGGAAACGUUGGAGGAACAGCAAGCCGGCCACAUACGCUCUCUCGACAAAAAUCUCGCUAACACGCAUUUAAUUGAUGGAUGUUUACCAUCCGAAACGCAGAAACGGAGCCCUACCCUAUAUGACAAUGGAGUGGAAAAUUUGCGUGCAAAAAUAUGGGAGGUAGAGAAACGGUAUGCCCUGCAGCAAUUGAGGCAUGAAGAGUUACUAUUAGAACUGGAAGGAAUACAAAAAGCGAGUCGACAAACAGACUCUGUCUUCUCCCGUACAGAUGCCAUGUUUGACUCAAAGUGUGGGCUUCGAUCGGAAUUAAUCAAUCAACCAUUUUCUGAUAACCUUGGUCGGCAAGCCGAAACAGAUAUGAUAGGGCGCCUUUACAACACGUAUCCAAAGUCGAAAAUUUUGACGAUCGCCACGGAAUCAUCGCUCAUACAUUCAGUGCAGAGUCAGCUUAUGGGCCGCCCAUUUUCAAACAGCCAGAUGGUGCCUGCUGAAACAAGUAAGUCCAACCGCAUUGAUUUGUAA